AUGACGACUGACUUGAUCAUAGCGAAAAUUCACGGCUACGACUACAAACUAGCCACCAUGAAAGGAAACUCCACGCAAAGACAUGCGACAUGGUGUAAAGUCGCGGCUAUGAAAGAAGCAAUUGAUCACUACCAGUUUGUCGUCUUCGUAGACGCAGAUAUAGUCUUCCCCCAUCUACACGUGCCACUUGAAUGGCUUCUCAACUACUGGGAUAUCAACCCCGAGACUCUGAUUGCCAUGGCAUGGGAUCCAGAAGCGGAUAUAAACAACGACGACAGAGGCCAAACGUUUUUGAACAAGGGAUUCAUAAUUGCGCAACAGAGUGCUCGCACGAAAGAACUGCUCGAGGCGUGGGAUGAUUGUGUGAAUGGAUCUCGGUAUCCAGAGUGCCCUCAGUGGAGUAAACGAUGGCCACAUGAACAGGGAGCAUUUGGGAAUUAUCUUCGGUAUGACUUUGACCGAAUAGAAGAUGUGAAGGCGCUGUCUUGUGAAGAAGCAAAUGGGUCUCCCGAGGUGGCGCAUACUGGGUGCGUUGGAAAACUUGUGCGCCACUAUUGGAAUGAUAAGCAUUUGGCGUCGGCCAGAGUGCAGGAGAUUACUAUGCAGUACUUUAUGCCACGCCUGCAUGACGAGUUCUUGCAGGAAUACAAGAGAGUCGAAGUAAUGUGGGAUUGA